AAGAGAAAAUUAGAGCAUGUGAAAUGGAACAAGAUAAAAAGGUAGAAAGCUCAAAUAAAGAAAUACAGGAAAAGGAGGCAAUCAUUGAAGAAUUGAAUGCAAAAAUAAUAGGAGAAGAAAAAAAAACUCUUGAGCUAAAGGAUAAAGUCACAGCUGCUGACAAACUACUGGAAGAAUUACAAGAACAGGUUGUACAAAAAAACCAAGAGAUAAAAAAUAUGAAAUUAGAGCUGACUAGUUCUAAGCAAAAAGAACGACAGUGUUCUGAGGAAAUAAAACAACUAAUGGGGACAGUUGAAGAACUUCAGAAGAAAAACCAUAAAGAUAGCCAGUUUGAAACUGAUAUCCUGCAAAGAAUGGAACAAGAAACACAAAGAAAAUUAGAACAACUCCAGGCAGAGCUGGAUGAGAUGUAUGGGCAGCAGAUAGUACAGAUGAAACAAGAGUUAAUAAAACAACAUAUGUCACAGAUAGAUGAACUGAAAACACAACAUAAGGAAGAAAUGGAUAAUGCUUUAAGAUCAUAUCCAAAUAUUACAGUUAAUGAAGAUCAAAUAAAGUUAAUGAAUGUGGCAAUAAAUGAACUAAAUAUAAAAUUGCAACAUACUAACUCUGAAAAGGAAAAACUCAAGGAAGAACUAGGAGGAAUUUCAAGAGAAAAGUUUGCUCUACAGAGACAGCUUGAAGACCUUUUGGAAGAAUUGAGCUUUUCAAGGGACCAAAUUCAGAGAGCUAGACAGACAAUAGCUGAACAAGAAAGUAAACUCAAUGAAGCACAUAAGUCCCUUAGUACUGUGGAAGAUUUGAAAGCUGAGAUUGUUUCUGCAUCAGAAUCCAGGAAGGAACUAGAAUUAAAACAUGAAGCAGAAGUUACAAAUUAUAAGAUAAAACUUGAAAUGUUAGAAAGAGAAAAGAAUGCUGUGUUAGACAGAAUGGCUGAAUCACAGGAAGCUGAAUUAGAGAGACUGAGAACACAGCUUCUGUUUAGCCAUGAAGAAGAGCUUUCCAAACUGAAGGAAGAUUUAGAAAUUGAACAUCGAAUAAAUACUGAAAAACUUAAGGAUAACUUAGCCAUUUACUAUAAACAACAGAUAGAUGGCUUACAGAAUGAAAUGAGUCAAAAAAUAGAAACCAUCCAGUUUGAAAAAGACAAUUUGAUAACUAACCAGAAUCAAUUAAUUUUGGAAAUUUCAAAGCUAAAAGAUUUACAGCAGUCCCUUGUGAAUUCAAAAUCUGAAGAAAUGACCCUUCGAAUCAAUGAGCUUCAAAAAGAAAUUGAAAUACUCAGACAAGAAGAAAUGGAAAAGGGUACACUCGAACAAGAAGUUCAAGAAUUACAACUUAAAACUGAAUUAUUGGAGAAACAAAUGAGGGAAAAAGAGGAUGACCUUCAAGAAAAAUUUGUACAACUGGAAGCAGAGAAUAACAUUCUUAAAGAUGAAAAGAAAGCCCUUGAAGACAUGUUGAAAACAUAUACUCCUGUUAGCCAAGAAGAAAGAUUAAUUUUCAUAGACUCCAUUAACUCCAAAUCCAAAGACUGUAACUGGCAAAAAGAAAUAGAAAUACUGACAGAGGAAAAUAAGGACCUCAAAAAACAGUGUGUUCAGCUAACUGAAGAGAUUGAAAAGCAAAGGAACACGUUUUCAUUUGCUGAAAAAAAUUUUGAAGUUAACUAUCAAGAGUUACAGGAGGAUUAUGCUUGUCUUCUCAAGGUAAAAAAUGAUUUAGAAGACAGUAAAAAUAAACAAGAAGUUGAGUAUACAAGUAAGCUUAAAGCACUUAGUGAAGAACUUCAUCAUUUGCAAAGAUUAAAUCCAACUACUGAGAAAAUGAAAAGUUCAAUCCUUGAUGAUGACAAACUUUUUAUAGCAGAACCACUGGAAAUUGGCGAGGUUGUUGAGAAAGAUACAACAGAACUUAUGGAAAAACUUGAGGUAACCAAGCGAGAAAAAUUAGAACUGUCAGAGAAACUGUCUGAUCUUUCUGAACAAUUAAAACAGAAACAUGAUGAAAUUUGUCUUCUAACUGAAGAAGUUAAAUCUUUAAAGCAAGAGAAAGAGCAAGUUUCAUUGAGAUGUAGAGAACUAGAAAUCAGAAUUAACCAUACUAGGACAGAAAAUGUAAGUGUGUGUGAUAUUCAGUUAAGCUCUUUAAAAGAUGGAAUUGUGACUGUGACAAGCAGGGAUUCUGGAGGUUCAAUUUCUAAAAUAGAUAAAGAUUUUGGUGAAGAAUCAAAAACAAUGGAGGAUGAGAAAAUACCUUUUGAAAGUAUGACUAUUGGAAAAGAAAGCAAGCAAGAAAGAUUGGUAAUGGAUCACUUGCCAUCAGUGAAAAGUGAAUCGUCACUUGGAGCAACUGAACCAAGUGAAAAUUCUAAACUUCAGCAGGAACUCAGUGUGCUUAAAUCAGAACAGAAUGAUUUAAGGCUACAGAUGGAAGCUCAACGUAUAUGCCUCUCUCUGGUUUAUUCAACUCAUGUGGAUCAGGUUCGUGAAUACUUGGAAAAUGAAAAAGAUAAAGCUCUCUGCAGUCUUAAAGAGGAGCUUAUUUCUGCUCAAGAGGAAAAGAUCAAAGAACUUCAGAAAAUACACCAGUUAGAGCUACAGAACAUAAAAACACAAGAAGCAGGUGAUGAAGUAAAGCCUUUACAAAUGCUCAUUGGAAAACUUCACAAGGCAUUGUCUGAAGAAUGUUCUUAUUUUACACAGACUUUUUGCAGUGUCCCUGGUGAACAUUAUACUCCAGCUUUAAAAUGUGAAAUAAAUGCAGAAGAGCAAGUGACUUCUGGUGUUCAUCCUUCUGAAAAUCAAAAAGCAGAAUUGCAAGAUUACAGAUAUGAAGUUCAAGAAUGUCAAGAAAAUGUGCAAACUCUUCUCAACAAAGUAACAGAAGAAUACAACAAACUUUUGGUACUUCGGACACGGUUAAGUAAGAACUCUUUAAAGCACUCAUCCAUUGAUUCAAUGGAAAUUACUGAAUCUGAUGUACAGAAAACUAUCUUCCCUGGAACUUGUCUAAAACAGAACAUAGAUGGUACAAUACAGAUUUCUGGUGGUGAAUUUGGAGUGGACCAGGAAACAAAUAGGAUUAAGUUGCUGGAAAAACAGUACCAAGAACGCUUAGAAGAAGAAGUAGCUAAGGUCAUUGUGUCAAUGAGUGUAGCAUUUGCUCAACAAACUGAACUGUCUAGAAUAUCUGGGGGAAAAGAAGAUGCAACAUCAUCGAAACAAGCACAUGCUCUCUGUCAGCAAGAACAACAUUUAAAUGAAGUGAAAUUACCACAGGGUCAAGAUGAUUCUCAGACUUUUGAGACAACAGACAUGAAAUUUAAAGAAGAAUUUAAACCACUUAGCAAAGAGUUAGGAGAAGAUGGAGAGGAAGUUCUGUUAUCAAAUAAUGAUAAUCUUAAUGAUAUACUGGAAUCAGAGGACCGAGAACUGACUAUUUCAGAAGAACUGUUCUGCCGAGAUAAAACAUGUAUAGCCAGAGAAUCUAUCCAUGAUGAAAUUUUGGUGUCAAGCAUGGAUGCUUCUAGACAGCUAAUGUUAAAUGAAGAACAGUUGGAAGAUAUGAGGCAGGAACUUGUACGACAAUACGAAGAACAUCAACAGGCAACAGAGCUGUUAAGGCAGGCACACAUGCGCCAGAUGGAGAGACAGCGAGAAGACCAGGAACAGCUACAAGAGGAGAUUAAGAGACUGAAUAGACAAUUAGCCCAGAGAUCCUCAAUAGAUAAUGAAAACCUGGUAUCAGAGAGAGAGAGGGUGCUUUUAGAGGAGCUGGAAGCACUAAAGCAGCUGUCUCUAGCUGGAAGAGAGAAGCUGUGUUGUGAGCUGCGCCACAGCAGUACGCAAACACAGGAUGAAAAUGAAAACGAAGGGGAAGUUGAGGAACAGACCUUCAAAGAAAAGGAAUUGGACAGAAAACUUGAAGAUGUGCCUCCUGAUAUUCUGUCCAAUGAGAGCUUGCAGGGAGGAAUGUGGCCCCUAAGAUUUUGGCUUCCCCACUGGAUCAUCAGUAUGGAGCACAGUCAAUAUGGGACUCAAACAAGAAAGACAGUGUAUGCACUCCAAAAAGCUAAUAACAGACUUCUGAAGAUCCUCUUAGAAGUCGUAAAGACUACAGCAGCUGUUGAAGAAACAAUUGGUCGCCAUGUCCUUGGUAUUCUGGAUAGAUCUAGUAAAGGCCAGUUAUCUUCCAGCCUGAUUUGGAGGUCAGAGGCAGAGGCACCUCUAAAGUCACAUGUCCAUGAGGAACACACUGGAGUUACAGAUGAAUCCCUACCCUCUUAUUCUGGAAGUGAUAUGCCAAGAAAUGACGGUAGCAUGUGGUCAAAAGUAACUGAGGAAGGAACGGAGCUGUCACAGCGGCUUGUAAGGAGUGGUUUUGCUGGAACUGAAAUAGAUCCUGAAAAUGAAGAACUUAUGCUGACUAUUAGCUCUCGACUACAAGCAGCAGUUGAAAAACUCCUGGAAGCCAUAAGUGAAACUAGUAGUCAGCUCGAACAUGCAAAAGUUACACAGACAGAGUUGAUGCGUGAGUCAUUUAGACAGAAACAAGAAGCGACCGAGUCCCUUAAGUGCCAAGAAGAUCUGCGAGAGCGCCUUCAUGAGGAGUCCAGGGCCAGAGAGCAGCUGGCUGUGGAGCUCAGUAAGGCUGAGGGUGUCAUUGAUGGCUACGCAGAUGAAAAAACUCUUUUUGAAAGGCAAAUUCAGGAAAAAGCUGAUAUAAUAGAUCGACUUGAGCAGGAGUUGUUAUGUACAAGUAGUAGAUUACAAGAAUUGGAAGCAGAGCAACAGCAGCUCCAAGAAGAGAGAGAAUUACUGUGCAGACAGAAGGAGGCUAUGAAAGCAGAGGCAGGCCCAAUUGAACAGCAAUUACUACAGGAGACAGAAAAACUAAUGAAGGAAAAACUAGAAGUACAAUGUCAAGCUGACAAAGUACGUGAUGACCUUCAAAAACAAGUAAAAGCUCUAGAAAUAGAUGUUGAGGAACAAGUCAGCAGGUUUAUAGAGCUGGAACAAGAAAAAACUGCUGAGCUAAUGGAUUUAAGACAACAAAACCAAGCACUGGAAAAGCAGUUAGAAAAAAUGAGAAAAUUUUUAGAUGAGCAAGCCAUUGAUAGAGAACACGAGAGAGAUGUAUUCCAACAGGAAAUACAGAAACUAGAACAGCAACUUAAGUUCGUACCUCGAUUCCAGCCUAUCAAUGAACAUCAAACUAGAGAGGUUGAACAGUUAACAAAUCAUCUGAAAGAAAAAACAGACAAGUGCAGUGAGCUUUUACUGUCCAAAGAGCAGCUGCAGAGGGAUAUACAAGAACGGAAUGAAGAAAUUGAGAAACUGGAGUUCAGAGUAAGGGAACUGGAACAAGCCUUACUCAUUAGUACAGACACUUUUCAAAAGGCAGAGGACCGAAAACAGUUUGGAGCUCUAGAAGCUAAAGCAGAAUUGUCCCUAGAAGUGCAAUUGCAGGCUGAGCGAGACGCUAUUGACAGAAAGGAAAAAGAGAUCACGAACUUAGAAGAACAGUUAGAGCAGUUCAGAGAAGAACUGGAAAAUAAGAAUGAAGAAGUUCAGCAACUACAUAUGCAAUUAGAAAUACAGAAAAAAGAAUCUACCACCCGCCUACAAGAACUUGAACAAGAAAACAAAUUAUUUAAGGAUGAAAUGGAGAAAUUGGGAUUUGCUAUAAAGGAAACUGAUACUAUCUCUACUCAGGACCAACAUGUGUUAUUUGGGAAAUUUUCCCAAAUAAUGCAAGAAAAAGAAGUAGAAAUUGACCAGUUGAAUGAGCAAAUUACAAAACUUCAGCAUCAACUUAAUAUUACAACAGAUAACAAGAUUAUUGAAGAAAAAAAUGAACUGAUAAGGGAUCUUGAAAUGCAAAUAGAAUGUAUGAUGAGUGAUCAAGAACGUGUGAAGAAAAAUAGAGAAGAAGAAAUUGAGCAGCUCAAUGAGGUGAUUGAAAAACUUCAACAGGAAUUGGCAAAUAUUGAACAGAAGAUAUCAAUGGAUGCUAAUUCUCUCCCAGAAGAAGCAGAUAGUUUAAAACAUCAGUUGGAUAUGGUAAUAGCUGAAAAACUGGCUUUGGAACAGCAAGUAGAAACCACUAAUGAAGAAAUGGCCUUUAUAAAAAAUGUACUUCAAGAAACCAAUUUUAAAAUGAGCCAGCUAACAAAAGAAUUAUGCAGCUUAAAGAAAGAACAGGAAAAUCGGGAACAAAUCCAAAGUGUACCAGAGAAAAGUGUUAACAUGGUUAUAGAUUAUCUAAGCAAAAAGAAACCUGAACUAGAAGUUGUCUGUACUGAGGAUGCUGUCAAACCCCUAGAAAAUCAGACUGACUUCCAAUCUUUUGAAGAAAACAGUAAAGAUUCCAUCAACAUUUUGGAGACAAAGGUGCUACAUCUAGAGAGCACUGUGAGUGCAAAGAACUUAGAACUUACCCAGUGUUAUAAGCAAAUAAAGGACAUUCAAGAGCAAGCCCAGGCUGAAACAGAAAUGCUUAAAAAGAAGAUUGUAAACCUCCAGAAUACACUUGAGGAAAACGUUGCUGCUGCCCUUGUGAGUCAGGUCCAACUUGAAGCAGUUAAGGAAUAUGCACAACUCUGUCAAGGUAAACAGGCAAGUUCAUCAGAGCCUGAAAGAACAAAUAUACAGAAUUUAAAUCCACUCACAGAAAAAGAGAUGGAGUCGAAUGUUUCAACAUUUACCUUGAGAAUAUCAGAAUUAGAAAGACAGGUGGCUGAAAUGCAGACUAGUUUGAUUUUAGAAAAAGAACAAGUAGAAAUUGCAGAGAAAAAUGCUGUGGAAAAAGAAAAGCAGCUACGAGAGCUACAGAAGCUAUUGGAAGAUAGUGAGAUAAUAGUCAACAAUGUGGUCAGGGACAUAUACUUACAUAGGACGAGAAAAUACUUUUUAAUUACGAAAAGAAAAGCGUUACNUGGUCAACUUGAGGAUCUUAGAGUUCAGUUAGCAGCUACCAAAGAAGAACUUGCCAGUUAUAAAGAAAAGGCAGAAAAACUUCAAGAAGAGCUUUUGGUAAAAGAAACGGAUAUAGCAUUUCUUCAGAAAGACUUAAGCAAAGUUAGGGAUCAACUCACAGAGGCAAAAGAGAAAUUAUCCUGCUUCUUAGAAAAAGAAGAUAAGACUGAGGUGCAAGAAAACAGAAAUGUCUGCAUAUUAGAGCCACUUCCUGUUAAAGUGGGUAAAAGCUCCACAUCCCAGACAGACGGGACUCUUAAGGUCAAUAGCAGCAAUCAGACUCCACACAUUCGUGUUAGAAAUGCAGGAAUCCAAAUUGAUUUACAGAGUGAAUGUUCAUCAGAAGAAGUCGCUGAAAUAAUCAAUCAGUUUACUGAUAAAAUUGAGCAGAUGCAAGAGCUGCAUGCUGCUGAAAUUUUGGAUAUGGAAUCCAGGCAUAUUUCAGAAACGGAAACCUUGAAGAGGGAACACUAUGUUGCUGUUCAGUUACUGACAGAGGAAUGUGGUGCCUUGAAGGCAGUGAUACAGUGUCUGAGAUCUAAAGAGGGAUCCUCAAUUCCUGAAUUAACACAUUCUGACGCUUACCAAACUAGAGAAAUAUGUUCCAGUGAUUCUGGAUCAGACUGGAGUCAGGGAAUUUAUCUUACACAAAGUCAGGGAUUUGACUCAGUAUCAGAAGGCCGAGGAGAAGAAGGUGAAAAUUCAACAGAUUCAUUUCCAAAGAAAAUAAAGGUAAUAAAGGACCAGAUACCUUUUAGUAAAUGUGCCUCCAGACCUUUCACUGUGNAAGAAACCAAUUUUAAAAUGAGCCAGCUAACAAAAGAAUUAUGCAGCUUAAAGAAAGAACAGGAAAAUCGGGAACAAAUCCAAAGUGUACCAGAGAAAAGUGUUAACAUGGUUAUAGAUGAUCUAAGCAAAAAGAAACCUGAACUAGAAGUUGUCUGUACUGAGGAUGCUGUCAAACCCCUAGAAAAUCAGACUGACUUCCAAUCUUUUGAAGAAAACAGUAAAGAUUCCAUCAACAUUUUGGAGACAAAGGUGCUACAUCUAGAGAGCACUGUGAGUGCAAAGAACUUAGAACUUACCCAGUGUUAUAAGCAAAUAAAGGACAUUCAAGAGCAAGCCCAGGCUGAAACAGAAAUGCUUAAAAAGAAGAUUGUAAACCUCCAGAAUACACUUGAGGAAAACGUUGCUGCUGCCCUUGUGAGUCAGGUCCAACUUGAAGCAGUUAAGGAAUAUGCACAACUCUGUCAAGGUAAACAGGCAAGUUCAUCAGAGCCUGAAAGAACAAAUAUACAGAAUUUAAAUCCACUCACAGAAAAAGAGAUGGAGUCGAAUGUUUCAACAUUUACCUUGAGAAUAUCAGAAUUAGAAAGACAGGUGGCUGAAAUGCAGACUAGUUUGAUUUUAGAAAAAGAACAAGUAGAAAUUGCAGAGAAAAAUGCUGUGGAAAAAGAAAAGCAGCUACGAGAGCUACAGAAGCUAUUGGAAGAUAGUGAGAGUCAACAGGGAGGCAAAGAAAGGAACAGAAGCCCUCAAGGAGAUUUUGAAGAAGUUCCCAAGGGUAUUGAAUAUCAGGCAGCUAUGGAAUGCCUCCAGAAAGCAGAUAGAAGGAGUUUGUUAUCUGAAAUUCAAGCACUGCAUGCUCAAAUGAAUGGUAGAAAAAUGACACUGAAACGAGAACAAGAGAAUGAUCAACCCAGCCAAGAACUCUUGGAAUAUAACAUACAGCAGAAGCAGUCUCAGAUGCUGGAGAUGCAGGUGGAGCUCAGCAGUGUGAAGGACCGAGCAACAGAACUGCAGGAGCAGCUGAAUUCUGAGAAAAUGGUGGUUGCUGAACUGAAGAGUGAACUUGCACAAACCAAAUUGGAACUAGAGACAACACUUAAGGCACAGCAUAAGCACCUCAAAGAACUGGAGGCAUUCAGGUUGGAAGUUAAAGAUAAAACAGAUGAAGUACAUUUGCUUAAUGACUCAUUAGCAAGUGAACAGAAAAAGUCCAGAGAGUUCCAGUGGGCUUUGGAGAAAGAGAAAGCCAAACUGGGGCGCAGUGAAGAGCGGGACAAAGAGGAACUGGAGGACCUGAAGUUUUCACUUGAGGGUCAGAAACAAAGGAAUAUUCAGCUAAAUCAACUUUUGGAACAACAGAAACAACUACUAAACGAAUCACAGCAGGAAAUAGAAUCACAACGAAUGCUGCACGAUGCCCAGUUAUCAGAAGAACGAGGUCGAAACUUGGAGCUGCAAGUACUUCUUGAAUCCGAGAAAGUUCGAAUUCAGGAAAUGAGCAGCACCCUGGAUCGGGAGCGAGAACUGCGCACACAGCUGCAGCAGCGCAGUAAUGAUGACAGUGGGCAACCUCAGCCCCCCUUACCCUCCGAGGACCUCCUCAGAGAGCUCCAGAAACAGCUAGAGGAGAAACACAGUCGCAUAGUGGAAUUGUUAAGUGAGACUGAGAAAUAUAAACUGGAUUCUUUGCAAACAAGACAGCAAAUGGAAAAGGAUAGGCAGGUUCACAGGAAGACGCUGCAGACGGAGCAGGAGGCCAACACUGAAGGACAGAAGAAAAUGCACGAGCUCCAGGCCAAAGUGGAAGACCUGCAGCGCCAGCUGGAGGAGAAACGGCGACAGGUGUAUAAGUUAGACCUCGAAGGGAAGCGUCUGCAAGGAAUUAUGCAGGAAUUCCAGAAGCAAGAACUAGAGCGAGAAGAAAAACGAGAAAGUCGAAGAAUGCUGUACCAGAAUCUUAAUGAGUUAUCUUUCCAGCCUAGCUUAGUGUCCCCCAGCACUUCCUGUGGCUCACUGACUGAAAGACUACUGAGACACAAUGCUGAGCUCACAGGACAUAUCAGCCAACUGACUGAGGAAAAGAAUGGUUUAAGAAAUCUGGUUAUGAAGCUGGAAGAGCAGAUCAGAUGGUAUCGACAGACAGGAGCCGGCAGAGAUUAUUCUUCUAGGUUUUCAUUCAGUGGUGGCGCCAACAUCGAAGCCAUCAUUGCUUCGGAAAAAGAAGUGUGGAACAGAGAGAAGGUAUCUCUUCAAAAAUCCUUGAAGAGGGCAGAAGCUGAAGUAUACAAACUGAAAGCUGAACUAAGAAAUGAAGCUUUACUUCAAAACCUGAGCCCUGAUUCUGAGCAUGCCGCUAUAAAGAGAAUUUAUGGUAAAUACCUGAGGGCAGAAAGUUUUCGGAAAGCUCUCAUUUAUCAGAAGAAAUACCUGCUGCUGUUACUGGGUGGCUUCCAGGAAUGUGAAGAUGCCACCCUCGCUCUGCUUGCCCGGAUGGGGGGGCAGCCAGCCUUCACGGAACUAGAGAUGAUCACCAACCGUCCAAAGGGUUUCACCAGGUUUCGGUCGGCUGUCAGAGUGUCUAUGGCAAUUUCAAGAAUGAAAUUUUUGGUUCGACGGUGGCAUCGAGUCACAAGUUCUGGUUCUAUCAAUAUUAACAGGGAUGGCUUUGGAUUGAAUCCAGGUGCUGAAAAGACUGACCUGUUUUAUCAUUCUUCUGGUGGCCUGGAGAUGUAUGGAGAGCCGAGGCACACUACAUAUCGCUCACGAUCAGAUCUGGACUAUCCUAGGUCUCCUUUACCAUUUCAAAAUAGGUACCCAGGCCCUCCAGCUGAUUUAAAUCCUGGUUCCUUAGCAUGUUCUCAGCUUCAGCAUUAUGAUCCUGACAGAGCCCUAACAGAUUACAUCACUCGGCUAGAGGCCCUGCAGAGACGACUAGGGACUGUACAGUCAGGUUCAGCUCAUUUUCAUGCUGGCAUGAGAAGAUAAUCUUUUGAAACAUCAGGAAUUGAAGUGAUUUUAAGCAAAUUCCCUUUUGUAAAUCAAUGGUUCUUUUGUGUUUUUGUAUUGUGGAUAUGGGACCAGUACAAACACAGCUUAUGAUUGUAUACACAUCCCUUGCCAGCACAUUAAAACAAACUGGAGUUUGUACAUACAGGCACUGUGUAUGGAUUCAUGCACAAUAAUCGUUAAAUUACAUGUAUAUUUGUGGAAUGCUAAUUUAAAUGGUUAAAUUAUAAACCUUGUGUAU